AACCCUAGCAAAGCUUUUUGAUAACAGAUACAGACUAGGGUUUUUGAUUGAAACCCUCAUUCAUACCUGCUUAACCAAUUUCUGUUGUCGAACAAACGCCGCUGAAGAGAGAACAGCUUUCUCUCUCUUCCACCCAAAUCUUCAAACAUGGCAAGAGGAUUGAAGAAACAUUUGAAGAGGCUCAAUGCCCCCAAGCAUUGGAUGCUUGACAAACUUGGUGGUGCAUUUGCUCCCAAACCUUCAUCUGGUCCCCACAAAGCAAGGGAAUGCUUGCCCUUGAUCCUUAUUCUGCGUAACAGGUUAAAGUAUGCCCUUACUUACCAAGAGGUCCAAGCUAUUUUGAUGCAACGACAUGUUCUUGUUGAUAACAAAGUCAGGACUGAUAAGACCUACCCAGCUGGUUUUAUGGAUGUUGUUUCCAUUCCCAAGACAAAUGAGAAUUUCCGUCUGCUUUAUGACACCAAGGGAAGAUUCCGCUUGCACUCUAUCAGAGAUGAAGAGGCAAAGUACAAACUCUGCAAGGUCCGAUCAAUUCAGUUUGGACAGAAAGGUAUUCCCUAUUUGAACACCUAUGAUGGUCGCACCAUCCGUUAUCCAGACCCACUUAUCAAGGCCAAUGACACAAUCAAGCUUGACCUGGAAGCCAACAAGAUUGUUGACUUCAUCAAGUUUGAUGUCGGAAAUGUUGUUAUGGUGACUGGUGGUAGAAACAGAGGGCGUGUUGGAAUCCUGAAGAACAGAGAAAAGCAUAAGGGUAGUUUUGAAACCAUUCACGUAGAAGAUGCUGCUGGUCACGAAUUUGCAACUCGUCAAGGCAACGUUUUUAUCAUUGGCAAGGGCACCAAGCCAUGGGUAUCUGUUCCCAAGGGUAAGGGUAUCAAGUUGUCAAUUAUUGAGGAGGCUAGGAAGAGGCUACAGAAGGAAGCAGCUACUGCUUAAUUUUAUGUAAUGCCAAUAUGGUUUCUCUUGAGUUGAACUGCUCUACAUAUUUUUCUUAGAUGAAUGCUUUAGUUAUUUCCUUGUGUCAUUACAAUUUUGGCUUUUUAAACUUGCUGUGAGGUUGUUAUAGAUGUUAUUUCUGUAUUUGAGAUGAAUGUGACUAGCUAAAAUUUAUCGUUUUCUGGCAAGAUUUUGAAUUCUUUGCAAAAUGGUUGUGAUGCUUUAGAAAUAUCGGUUGUAAUCAAGUUUGAGUUCGACCUCAUUGAUUUUGA